UAAAAAUAAAAAGUAAACCUUGUUCUCUUCUUCUCACGCUCAACGGAAACUAAACCAGGGUUUUCUCAAGAACAACGUAAUCUCCACUCAAUCAUCAACUCGUCUCGCUCGUUCACUCACUCUCACUCUCUCCACCCCGAUCAGAGAUAGAAGACAUGGGAGGGAUACAACUGAAGUUCAAUAAAACUCAGAAGGUUCGUCUGCAAAAGGCGAUGGAAUCUCUGUCUUCCAAGAUAAAUUCUGAUGCUUUGGUUACCAUAGCUGAUUCUAUCUCUGUCAACCGUGAGGACAGCGUACUUAAGGGUCACGGAACUGCUGAACUAGACGGUCAAGUUGUUGCCACUCUCUGUGGUACCGUGGAACGUGUUAACAAGCUUGGUUAUGUGCGUGGUUUGUGCUCAAGGUACAAACCUGAAGUUGGUGACAUUGUUAUAGGGCGUGUUAUUGAGGUUGCUCAAAAGUUAUGGAGAUUGGAUAUUAAUUGCAGUCAAAAUGCUUUUUUGAUGCUUUCUGCUAUGAAUAUGCCCGAUGGUGUGCAGAGGCGAAGGACAGCUCUAGAUGAACUAAACAUGCGCGGUAUUUUUGAAGAGUCUGAUCUCAUUUGUGCUGAAGUUCGUGGUGUAUCGCACGAUGACAUUCAUCUUCAUGCAAGAAGUAAAAAAUAUGGAAAGCUUAAUACUGGUCAGAUGGUUGCGGUCGCACCUUAUUUAGUGAAGAGACAGAAACAACAUUUUCAUCAUCUGGAGGAACAUGGGAUUGAUCUAAUAAUUGGCUGCAACGGUCUGAUUUGGAUUGGAGAACAUGUAGAAGUCAAAGAUGAGACGGAAUAUCAAGUUAACCUAAUUGAGCUAGAGAAAAAUGAUACUAGGAGAAAAUACAUAUGUAGGGCUGCUAAUGCUAUCCGAGUAUUAUCCAAGUUAGGAUUUACCGUAACAAUUGAAAUCAUUAAGGGGAUUGUCGAUUUGAGCCAGUCAUUAAAUCUUGAAGUACACGACAUGCUUGGUUGCGAGUUUUGUGUUCUGGUUGCGGAAAAGGAGGCAGAGAGAAGAAGCUUAAAUAAAAGAAAGAGGUAAGAUUAUGAAAGCCCAGAUAAGAAGCUGAA